AUGGGAGUGGCCUGCUGGCAACUUUAUUGCCUAGAGCAUGGUAUAAGACCUGACGGUACACUACCACUGUGUAACUCUGAUCCAAAUCCAACUGAUUCUUGUUUCAACACAUUCUUUUUUGAAGCUAACAGGGGCAAGAUGGUACCGAGGGUUGUAAUGGUGGAUCUAGAAGAGACUGUUAUCGACGAAGUGCGGUCCGGAGAGUAUCGCCAGCUCUACCAUCCAGAACAACUUAUAACUGGUAAAGAGGACGCUGCCAACAACUAUGCUAGAGGUCACUAUUCUACAGGCCGAGAAGUGCUGGAGCCAGUGAUGGACCGGAUCAGGAAGAUAGCUGAUCAAUGUACGGGACUACAAGGUUUCUUCGUGUUCCACUCGUGCGGAGGUGGCACGGGCUCCGGCUUCACUUCCUUGUUGAUGGAGAAACUGUCUGAAGAGUUUGGAAAGAAAAGUAAAUUGGAAUUUGCAAUUUACCCAGCACCACAGGUGUCGACAGCUGUAGUUGAGCCGUACAACGCAGUACUAACAACCCACGCCACAAUAGAACACUCGGACUGUGCAUUUAUGGUUGACAACGAAGCGAUCUAUGAAAUCUGCAGGCGACGACUGUCCAUCGAACGACCCUCGUAUGCCAAUCUAAACAGACUCAUAUCACAAGUGGUGUCAUCGAUAACCGCGUCGUUGCGCUUCGACGGCGCUCUGAAUGUGGACCUGACGGAGUUCCAGACGAACCUCGUCCCAUACCCGCGGAUACACUUCCCCCUCGCCGCGUAUGCGCCGGUUGUCUCUGUGGAUAAGGCUUACCACGAAGGCAUGUCGGUGUCAGAGAUCACGGCGGAACUGUUCGAGCCGCAGAAUCAGAUGGUGAAGUGUGACCCGCGCAACGGCAAAUACAUGGCGUGCUGCCUCCUGUACCGCGGUGAUGUCGUUCCCAAGGAUGUGAACGCGGCCAUCGCCUCUAUGAAAGGCAAGGCGGGCAUCCGUUUUGUGGAUUGGUGUCCUACUGGGUUUAAGGUGGGAAUAAACUACCAGCCGCCGUCGGUGGUGGCGGGCGGCGACCUCGCGCAGGUGAAGCGCGCCGCCUCCAUGCUCAGCAACACUACCGCCAUCGCCGAGGCGUGGGCCAAGCUCGACCACAAGUUCGACCUCAUGUACCAUAAGCGCGCCUUCGUGCACUGGUACGUGGGGGAGGGCAUGGAGGAGGGCGAGUUCACGGAGGCUCGGGAGGACCUUGCGGCACUCGAGCGCGACUACGACGAGGUAGCCAUGGACACCUCUGAUAUACCCACAGAUUGCACCGACGAGUUA